UGGGUUAGGGCCUAAGGCCCAAGAGACAUAAAAAAUGCAAAAUUUUGGAAGGUAAUCUGGCAGAGACGACUUCAGAGUUGUGGGCGUUGAAGUUUGGAGUUUAGAGAAGAGAAGAGGGUUUUUGUUGUGCAUUGCCAAAUCGCGAAGAUCUGAGAGAAUGGCGAGGUCUAGCAGCAAGGAUGCACAAGACCUUUUCCGCGCUCUUUGGUCUGCGUAUGCUGCAACUCCUACGAAUCUCAAGAUCAUUGACCUCUACGUCAUGUUCGCCGUUUUCACCGCUCUCAUCCAGGUAGUUUACAUAGCUUUGGUGGGAUCAUUUCCUUUUAACUCCUUCCUAUCAGGAGUGCUUUCUUGUGUUGGAACUGCUGUUCUUGCUGUUUGUCUCAGGAUCCAAGUGAAUAAAGAGAAUAAGGAAUUCAAGGAUCUUGCACCCGAGCGAGCUUUUGCAGAUUUUGUUCUCUGUAAUUUGGUGCUUCAUUUGGUGAUCAUGAACUUCCUUGGUUAAUUUUGGUUCAUGUGACUGUUGUUGGUUUUGAUUGAACCCUUGGAUAAUAAACAGUAAUAGUAGUAUACCUAGACUUUUGUAAUAGUAUUUAUAGACAGUAACUUCCAACUAACUACUUUAGUAUUUUGUUGAUUCCCCCAUUCUGGGGUCUCUGUUUUGAUUGUAGAAGCGAUCUUUUCCAUAUUUUGAAGUUUAAGCUACCAAAAACACUGUCUGUCUUUCUCAA